CAAAUAAGUUCUACUGGUUAUUAUUUAACAGGGUAAUUCAAAAUCUUUAGCUGAAAUCAAUGUUCCUAUUAUGACUUCUAAGUAAACCCAUAUCAGUUUAAUAACCUAGACCCUCUUGGUUGCCAGACAACUCUCAUCGUGUUUAUUUAACUGUGUGGUGACGCUCGUGAAACUAGCAUGGUAACCACACGCUUAGGUUGUGCAGAAUGCGUGGACAGAUAAAGUUGAGUGCAUAUGCGGAUGUAGGUUGAUUGUAAGCCUUCAGAAGAAAAACUGAAAAAGCAUCUUUUUUAUCUGUCUUGCUUGUAGAAUGAGCUCGAAUACAACUCUGUCCUUACACUUCAACUCUAAAAUUCCAACCGAGAAAACAACAGUGGACAUUGUCUUCCUCUCCAUCAUCUUUCUUCUCGGCACCACUGGGAACUCGGUGGUGAUCUGGGUGGCCGGCUUUCGCAUGAAGCCCAACGUCACUAAUGUUUGGUUGGUCAAUCUGGCAGUAGCUGACCUGAUCUUCUGCCUGACACGAGUCACUUCGCUCCUCAAAAACAUUUUCUUUAACCACUGGGCUUUUGGGGUCUUUCUCUGCAAGUUCAAUGGUUUCUUCAAGUACGCCAACAUGUUCUGCAGUGUUUUCCUUCUGGCUGUCAUCAGUGUGGAUCGAGCGCUCUGCGUCUGGUGCCCAGUUGCUACUAGAAAACGACGGACGUUAUGUGCAGCUCGUGUGGCCAGUGUGGGAGUUUGGAUUGUGGCCGUGAUCUUUAGUUCACCGUAUUUUGUGUACCGGCAGGUCUUCCCUGGCAAGAACAACCUGAGCCACUGCUCACUGAAGGAGAAAGGAAGUGCUGAGUAUGUCUACUACUUCAUUCGUUUCAUCUGUGGAUUCUUGUUGCCCUUCCUGGUCAUCCUCAUCAGUUACAUACUAGCUGCUGUUGGGAUACGCAGAACACGGCUCUCGGGCAAAUCGAGGCCUCUGCGCAUUCUUGCUGUAUUGGUCGGUGCUUUUUUCCUAUGUUGGGCCCCCUACCACUUUCUAGGACUGGUCAAAUUGGUGGAUAAAAACAACAAGGUGGUAAAAGUAGGAUGGAGAAUGGCUUCAAACUUAGCCUAUUUCAACAGCUGCAUUAACCCAUUGCUGUACUUCUGCAUGGGACUGCAGUUUAGUCAACGAUGCAACCAAAGUUUGUCUGGGAUUUGUCACAGAGCUUUUAAGGAAGAAAGCCAAAUUCUGUCACAGCAAGGCACUGGUGAGGAAAGCUGGAAUUCCAUUCCAAAGACUGAGAGUGUCACUAAACUUUGAGUUUUUACUCUUUUUCUUGUUCAUUUGUCAGGUCUAGCAGCUAACUUUCUUUAAUGCAUUUUUUUUUAUUAGUGUAUAU